GCUAGAGCGUGAAGAGGCACGAAUGGCCUCAGCUACAGCUGGUAUCACGGAGCAGGCGCGGAAAGGUAAUAAAUUCAUUCCUUCGCUUACUCUUUUGAAAAUGAUUGCCGCUUUAAUGUCACGCACACCCCUUCGCCCACCAUGGCGAUUAGUUUGCAUUUUCUCUCAAAUCAUUCAUUGAAAUUUGUCAUAACUAUUACAGGAGCGCAUGCACAGAGAAUUAUAGCUCAGGCAGCACCGCCUGUCGAAGUCGAUCGAGAUUCUGAUGUGCCCGGAGUGUCCGUGUCGGAGAGGAAGAUACAUGUGUUGAAAAAUCCAGCACUCGAAACAGAUUGGAGCUCGUUGUUAGAGGAGCUCGAGUGGCUUGCCGGCGACAGCAAGUUGUUGGAAAUAAGUGCUAGCGAUGAUCCUCUUGCUGCUGCGGCCCAUAUUCUCAAAAGUGAGCAAACAAGCUUGUCUUCGACCGGAAAGGAUGCUGAGGACAGUCAAGAAACUACGAAGGAUGACGAUGACUCUCGUUCUUCGUCGAUUCUUGGAUUGAAUUUACCCUGGUUCACUGGAGGUGAUGCAAGUACAGCUAAAGAGGAGAACGAGACUGACGAAGAGCACAAGGACAAGAAUAAGAAGUCGGGACCCAAAGUUGAUCUUGCAGCUUUUCUGACCAGCAGUGAGUCAUCCGAUGCGGAGAGAGAAACAGGGAGCAAACGCAAGAUGAUGCACUUUUACUACAGAGGCCCAGAGUCAUCUGCGUCCGCUUCGGCGUCUGCUGCAAGCUCUGAUAAUGAUGGAUUUGUGGAAGAAGAUUCGAAAUUUGCGUUAAAGGCUCGCGUAGCUCUUGCUUUUCAGGCGAGAAAAGUUGUGGCAACAAAAGAUUGGGGAGAAGUUUG